CGUAUGUGCUGUCAUAGCCCUCCCACUCCUGUGACUAGUUCAUGUGUGUGUUUGUGUGUGUCACCACUUUUUCUUCUGACAUUCAUUUGCAAAGCAGAGAGACGGAGCGCUUUGCUGGAGCUGCAAAAGCCAAAUCGCAAUUCCACCGAGAGAAAAGAAACGUCUUCCUGCAGCUUUGUGCCAAUUCUUUUAACAUCCAGUUUCGGAGAUUCUGCAUGCAAAACAUUUGGGAGAACUCCAAAGUUUAGGAAAACGUCUUACAGCCCAGCAGAAGAUCUACAGAAAAAAGAACGAAGGACUCGAAGUGACGCUGGCUCCUGUGAAAAUGGCUGAGGAGGUCCAGCUGGAUUCAACUCUGCAGAUUCCUGGUGGGAGUUUAUCCAUUCCAUCUUCGCCAGCCACAGCCAGGAACGACUGCAGCAUCGCGCCGCUCACGCCCUCGCCUUCACCGAGGGUGGAGGUCCGACCCAGGAUGGCUUGUCCUUUCUCUGUCGUCGUCGCCAUAGACUUUGGGACGACCUCCAGCGGCUACGCUUUCAGCUUCACACAGGACUCCGAAGCCAUACAUAUGAUGAAACGCUGGGAGGGCGGCGACCCCGGAGUGGCCAAUCAGAAGAGCCCGACAUGUUUGCUGCUGACUCCUGAUUUGCGGUUCCACAGUUUUGGGUUUGCAGCGCGGGAUUUCUACCAUGACUUAGACCCGGAGGAGGCCCAGCACUGGCUCUACUUUGACAAAUUUAAAAUGAAAAUCCACAGCACCAGUGACCUGACGAUGGAGACGGAGCUGGAGGCUGUUAACGGUCGAAAGGUCCGGGCCAUCGAGGUGUUUGCACACGCCCUGCGCUUCUUCAGAGAACAUGCCCUGAAGGAGGUGAAGGACCAGUCGUCUUCGGUGCUGGAAGGAGAGGAGAUCAGAUGGGUGAUCACCGUCCCAGCUGUUUGGAGACAACCGGCCAAGCAGUUCAUGAGAGAGGCGGCGUACCUGGCUGGACUGGUGCCUCCCGACUGUCCUGAGCAGCUCCUCAUCGCCCUGGAGCCCGAGGCCGCCUCCAUCUACUGCCGGAAACUCCGGCUGCACCAGGUGAUCGACCUGAGCCUGCAGCCAAUCACAAACGGCCUGGACCUGGACGGGACUCGGCCCUUCGACUCCAGCUUCAGACAAGCGAGGGAGCAGCUGAGGCGAUCCAGACACAGCAGGACCUUCCUGGUGGAGAGUGGAACCGGGGAGCUGUGGUCCGAGCUGCAGACCGGUGACAGGUACGUGGUUGCAGACUGCGGAGGAGGAACGGUGGACCUGACGGUUCAUCAGAUUGAGCAGCCGCAGGGAACACUGAAAGAGCUCUACAAAGCCUCAGGCGGUCCGUACGGCGCGGUCGGGGUCGACCUGGCCUUCGAAGCCAUGUUGUGCCAGAUCUUCGGCAAGGACUUCAUUCAGAGCUUUAAAGCCAAGCGGCCGGCGGCCUGGGUGGACCUCAUGAUUGCGUUCGAAGCCAGGAAACGAACCGCGUCGCCAGGAAGAGCAAACGCCCUGAAUAUCUCCCUGCCCUUCUCUUUCAUCGACUUCUACAAGAGACACAAAGGGCAGAGUGUGGAGGCCGCCCUGAGGAGGAGCAACAUGAACAUUGUGAAGUGGUCGUCUCAGGGAAUGCUGCGGCUGACCCAGGAAGCAAUGAAUGAACUCUUCCAGCCCACCAUCAGCAACAUAGUCAGACAUAUAGAGGAGUUGAUGGGGAAGCCGGAAGUGCGCUGCGUGCGCUUCCUGUUCCUGGUUGGUGGUUUUGCAGAGUCGCCGAUGUUGCAGAAAGCCGUCCAGAAGGCACUGGGAAGGACCUGCCGGAUCAUCAUCCCCCAUGAUGUCGGCCUCACCAUCCUGAAGGGUGCCGUUCUCUUCGGACUGGAUCCCACUGUGGUCAGAGUGCGACGUUGCCCUGUGACCUACGGGGUCGGCGUCCUGAACCGGUUCGUUGAGGGACGGCACCCUCGGGAUAAACUCCUCAUCAAAGAUGGCCGCGAGUGGUGCACGGACAUCUUCGACCGCUUCGUCUCCAUCGACCAGUCUGUGGCGCUGGGAGAGGUCGUUCGACGAAGCUACACGCCCGCUCGGGUGGGCCAGCGGAAGAUCAUCAUCAACAUCUAUUGCAGCGCCACAGAUGACGUCACCUACAUCUCCGACCCCGGCGUCCGGAAGUGCGGGACAAUUACCUUAGACUUACCGGAACCAUUGGUGCCACCUGGUGCCGUGGGAGGAGCAGAAGCAGGAGCGGUGGUGGCAGGCCCAGAAAGGAGAGAGAUCAGAGCCACCAUGCAGUUUGGAGAUACGGAGAUCAAAGUCACCGCUAUUGACGUCAUGUCUAACAGGUCCGUCCGGGCUUCCAUAGACUUCCUGUCCAACUGAGGUGGAGUAGCUUGAAGAGACUUGAAAACAACCAAAACUGAUUUAAUUCAGACAUUAUGGAUCUUGAUCUUCAAUCAACAUUAAAUAUUUUCUCAAACUCUCCCUGAGUUUAUCCAUCCAGCCCUCCAGAGAAGAUUUGAUUGCUGUGCAUUUUUUGCAUAGAAACUCUACAAAGAAACAAAAACACUCUUUGACACAAGAUGCUGGAACAAACUUACCCUUCAGUAUAAGGAUUUCAAGCUAAGACUGAAUUACCUAAAGACCUCAUAAAGUAUACUACCUAGAGUGAGAAUCACUCUUGUUUAUUUUAUCCUAAUAUGAUACUCAAUACCUCAUUUAAAUUGAAUCAUGAAACCUGUUUGGACUCGUAUUGUUUCUCUAACAAGGUAGUGCUCCAUCUAGUGGUAAGAUGACAUAACUACAAGCUGGAAAAGAACAGUAAGGAUUGUGGCAUUAUAACAUUUUGAAUCUUUUACAGUGUCAUAUGAGUGCUACUGUGUUGAACAUAUUUACUCAGACUUGAUUUGUUUAAACCGAAUGUAAGCAGUAAAAAAAAAAGUCUUAAAACGUUUCCAUGUUUUGCAACAUAAUAAGAAAGUUUUACCAUUGGACAUCCCUUGAACGUUGGUCUGCUAACGUUUGCAAAAUGUCAGAAUGAAACACGAUGGACGAACGUUGGCUGGAGGCCGAACUUUUACUGAGCGUCCGCAGACAACGUUCUACGUCACGGAGACGUUCAGACAACGUCAGAGAUACAAAAAUGGCAAUUUUGUAUUAAAAAAAACAGUGAUCACUAUAAGGGUUUAAAAGAAACAAAAAAUUAUUUAAAAAAUCACAGCAAAAAAAAAAUUAAUUAAAAAUCUAAGUUUGGCUAACGUCCGAACAUUCGACAUUGAACGUUAGCUUCUUUAGCUAGGUCAUUGGGUCAAAAACAAAGCUUAAAUGUAAGAUGACUAAGCUGUUUCUUGUAGUUGAUGACCAGGUUUUCAUAUAUAUCAAAAGGGAUUUUAGGCCAUUUCUCGGUGCAGAAACUCUUUCGCUCAUGUUUUCUGUAGGUUUGGGAUAUGUAGCCUGGCUUAGCCUGUCCAUGACAAAAACGAUUCUUUUUUUAGCCACUAUGCUGGAAAAGCCAUUCAUUUUCAGAAAAUGGCAAUUCUUUGAGCUUAAACUCCAGUUAAAGAUUAAUCAGUUACUAAAUUAAAUUUAAAUCAAUUCGUUACAAUCAUUGCGAUUAAUCAUUUUAGCCCAAAUACUGUGAGCAGCUUUCCAAGCCAUGACGUCAUUUUGCAAAUACGUUUAGGCCAAGUAAUCUUGGAGUAUCUGAACUCCUGAAUUUGAAGAGUAAAAUAACUUUAACUCCUACUUUAGGUCAGACAGCAAGGACAGAAAAUGUGUCUUUUUCUGGUGCAUUUAAACAUCUUUCAUUUAUAUGGUUCUGAGGAAGCUUGGGGUCUAAAGGAAAACUUAUUGUGACCAGAACCACCUCAGUCGACUACAUUAAAUAAGGGGAAGACAUCAUUUUAUACCUAAGCAGCUCAUCAUUUAAAAUACUAAUACUACUAAAAUAAUCGUGUAGUGUUUUUAAAACCACUUUGAACAUAAACACCAGGAAUAAGCGUUUGAUUUCAGCUGUGAAUUUAUUGAUAACAAUGGUCCAAUAAAUAGCUUCACAUAGAUGGUUUCAGAACUGCUCAACAUCCUUUCAGUGCUUUUUUCACCCCCCACAUCAAACAACAGCUUUUCUUAUUAACAAAACGAGGCUAAAGGUUACAGACAUCAUCAGGUCACAGAGAAAAGACCAGCCUGUUUCUGUAAAAAAAAAAAAAAAA